CCCCCGGCUCAUAACCGGGUAGUUGGAGGUUCGAGUCCUCCAAGAUCCACCAAGAUUUUUAUGGCAGGCAAAAAAGAUUAUUAUAACAUACUUGGUAUAAAUAAAAAUGCUUCUCAACCUCAAAUCAAAAAAGCCUAUCACAAAAUAUCCCAAAAAUGGCAUCCAGACAACAAACCGACUUAUUCAGAUGGCAAAGAAGGUCCUGAAUUUGAAUGUGCUAGUUGUCAUAACCAAUCUACUUAUCAUUAUCACGAAAUGUCCGAGGGAAACAAAAAAUAUAUUUUCUGCGAUUAUGGUUGUCUGUUCGACUGCACUAAUCCGCUUUGUAUCAGCGGAGGAAAAUGUUACAAAUUUUUAAUUACUUCGCGAAGUGAGAAAGGUAAAUUUUGUUCGCGAGCCUGUCUUAAAGAUUUUCGAAAAAGGAGAGAUGACUAUGGAAAUUAUGAACCUCCUGAUUCAAAUUUAGGCAAUUGUUAUAAAUGUGGUAAACCAGGAGAAUAUACUCUGGAAGGGGGGGGUUCUAUUUGUGCCGAUUGUGUUGCUGUGAAAUGUAAGCAAUGUGGCAAAAAGGGGGUACCCUUGCAAAGAAGCAGUUGGAUAAGUUAUGAAGUUGAUAGUGAGGGUCAAUCAGAGGGGGAAGGUGAGGAAGAAGGUUUUGAGUCGCCAGUGGUAAAUCCCCCACUCAACGGAAACGGAAGAGGAGAAAAUGAAAAUGACAUGGGGGGUUUAGGUGAUAGUGCUAACCAUGGUAACCACGACUCUCAUAAUAAUUCCAACCAAAAUGGAGACCAAGAAAAACCAGAAAAAGGCGAUAACUCACCAAACCUUCCAGAAAUUCCCAAUCUUGCUUUAAUCCAGAAGCGAGCCCAAGCCGAACAAGAAAUAGAAAAGAUAAUGAAAGUUAAUUCUAUCUCUAAGCAAGAAAAAGAGGAAUUAGAAAAGAAAUUUUGCUCAGGUGAAAAAUUAACGAAUUAUCUUAAAAAGUUAGAUUCUCCUAUCCACAUUGAGCAAUUUAUUAAUAAAAUAAAACAAGCGGUUUUGAAAUUAAAAUUAUCUAAGCAAGGCAAUUUAACCAACGAUAAAGCUUGUCCGGAAAAUCCUACUCCUUCGGAAAAGGCUAAAUAUGAACUCUGUGAAAAGAUAUUAGGAUGUCAAGAAGACAACAAUUUAUCAGACGAGGUAAUGACUAGAAAACUCCAUUUAACUCAAACCGAGUUAGAAGAUAUUUUAUUUUGCCGAAUAAGUAAGUUUACUUUGGACUACUUAAUGAAUGUGGCCAGCAAAUUAUUUUUGCCAGAUGAAAUAAAGUUAAUUGUAGAACCUAAAAAAGAUAAUUUACAUGCCCGAACUGUUUAG